AUGGUUGACAGAUUGGAAUUCCUCCAGGACCAGUUGGAACUCAAUUCCACCAAAGCAAAACAUGAAUUUGUUGGGAAAGCUCCAACUAUCUUGACCUUCACAAAGGACCUCUUGGAGGAGAAGAUUAUGAGGUACCAAUUGUCUUCCCUUGGCCUCACAAAAAGGGAAGUGGCCAAAGUGAUUAGGAAGCAACCCACAUUGCUUGGCAGUAGCAUUGAAAACAACUUGGAACCUUCACUGAAGUGGCUUAUUGAUCGAUUUGGCCAGUCCGCAGCAGAAAAGAUGGUGACAGCUCUACCUGCCAUUCUGGCAUACAGCGUGCGAAACAAGCUGGAGUCCCAGAUGCAGUAUUUCCAAGAGCGUUUCCCAUUGGAUGAUGAUGAGCUUGUGAGCUUGGUGUCGGAAAGACCACAGCUAUUUACGGUUGCCCAAAGCACCAUGGAGGAAAAGAUACAAUUUUUUAUAGAGUUUGUGGGAGGAGGGGAGGCGGAUGCAAUGGAGCAGAUCCUUCAAUGCCUGGUUGCUUUGACUUAUAGCCUCAAGAAACGGCUGCGAUCAAGGUGGGAAGAAGUAUUGGAGCUUGAGCUGCCACAGCAUGGAUUCACAGUACCAAUGUCCAGUUUGGCAAGUUAUCCACCAGCUCGAUGGGAAAAGUAUUUGGACCGAAGAAGGAAGCUCAUAGUUGAAAGAAAGGCAGAACACCAGUCAUUCUAA